CGGCGCGGCCGGAGCCCGGGGCGCGCACUGAGGCCGGCCCGGGCCCCAGCAUGGCCGAGCCGCUGCUCAGAAAGACCUUCUCCCGCCUUCGGGGCCGGGAGAAACUUCCCCGGAAAAAGUCGGACGCGAAGGAGCGCGGCAGCCGCAGGAAACUGCCCCCUAUACAGAUGGGGAAACUGAGGCACGGAGCAGUUUGGGUGAUUUACCCAGUGCCAGUGAAGCGACAUAACAGCUCUGUGGACUACGCUACUAAAUGAGAGCCCAGAGAGACUCGGGGAGUGGAAGCCGACCAGCCCAGCGCCCGGAGCCCAGUCCCCCAGAGCCCCAGGCCCCAGAAGGACCCCAGGCUGGAGCGGAGGGGCCCCCCAGCCCUGAGGCAUCUCGGAGCCCAGCUCAUGGUGCCUACCUGCAGAGCCUGGAGCCCAGCAGCCGCCGCUGGGUGCUGGGCGGGGCCAAGCCACCAGAGGAGACCACUCUGGGGCCGGGGGCACCUGGCAGUGGGGAGCCUGCCGGUGAGAUCUGGUACAACCCCAUCCCAGAGGAGGACCCCAGACUCCCAGCACCGGAGCUCUCAGGCCCACAGCCAGGCUCAGCUGAGGCAGACAGCCCGGCCUCUCCAGGCACAGCCCCUGCCAGCCCCCCGACCAAAGCCUCCCGCACCAAGUCCCCCGGCCCAGCCAGGCGCCUCUCAAUGAAGAUGAAGAAGCUGCCUGAGCUGCGGCGCCGACUGAGUCUGCGGAGCACCCGGACGAGCCGAGAGCGCGAGCGGGCCGCCCCCGAGGGCUCGGUCAUUAGUCGUUAUCACCUGGACAGCAGCGUGGGGACCCCAGGGCGGACAGCAGUAGCUGAGGGCGCACGUGGCCCGAGGGCGGGUUACCUCAGUGAUGGCGACUCUCCUGAGCGCCCCGCGGGGCCUCCGUCACCCACUGCCUUCCGCCCCUAUGAGGUGGGCCCCUCCUCCCGGCCGCCCCCGGCUGCGCUCUGGGGCCGCCUCAGCCUGCACCUGUACGGGCUGGGAGGGCUGCGGCCGGCGCCUGGGGCCACUCCGCGAGACCUCUGCUGCCUGCUGCAGGUGGAUGGGGUGGCCCGGGCCCGAACCGGGCCGCUGCGUGGGGGGCCAGACUUCCUGCGGCUGGACCACACCUUUCACCUGGAACUCGAGGCAGCCCGGCUGCUGCGGGCCCUGGUGCUGGCCUGGGACCCCGGUGUCCGGCGGCACCGGCCCUGCGCCCAGGGCACUGUGCUGCUGCCCACGGUUUUCCGAGGUUGCCAGGCCCAGCAGCUGGCCGUGCGCCUCGAGCCCCAAGGGCUGCUGUAUGCCAAGCUGACCCUGUCGGAGCAACAAGAAUCACCCAGCACAGCUGAGCCCCGAGUCUUCGGGCUGCCCUUGCCCCUGCUGGUGGAGCGUGAGCAGUCCCCUGGCCAGGUGCCUCUCAUUAUUCAGAAGUGUGUUGGGCAGAUCGAGCGUCGAGGGCUGCGGGUAGUGGGGCUAUACCGUCUGUGCGGCUCGGCAGCCGUGAAGAAAGAGCUUCGCGAUGCCUUUGAGCGAGACAGUGCAGCUGUCUGCCUCUCUGAGGACCUGUACCCUGAUAUCAAUGUCAUCACCGGCAUCCUCAAGGAUUAUCUUCGGGAGCUGCCUACCCCACUCAUCACCCAGCCCCUCUAUCAGGUGGUGCUGGAGGCAAUGGCCCGAGGGCCCCCAAGCAGGGCUCCAUCCAGCACUGAGGGCACCCGUGAGCUCCUCAGCUGCCUGCCAGAUGUGGAGAGGGCUACAUUGACGCUUCUCCUGGACCACCUGCGCCUUGUCUCCUCCUUCCACGCCCACAACCGCAUGACUCCGCAGAACCUGGCCGUUUGCUUCGGUCCCGUGCUGCUGCCAGCGCGCCAGGCACCCGCCAGGCCCCGCAUCCGCAGCUCUGGCCCGGGUCUCUCGAAUGCGGUGGACUUCAAGCGCCAUAUCGAGGUGCUGCACUACCUGCUGCAAGCCUGGCCAGAUCCCCGCAGGCCCCCAGAGCCUCCGGAGCUCGUCCCGUACCUGCGGCCCAAACGACAGCCGUCGCUGCACUUGCCGCUAGCGAGCCCCGAAGUGGUGACUCGGCCCCGCGGCCGGGGCGGUCCCGAAAGCCCCCCGAGCAACCGCUACGCGGGUGACUGGAGUGUUUGCGGGCGGGACUUCCUGCCCUGUGGGCGGGACUUCCUCUCCGGGCCAGACUACGACCACGUGACGGGCAGCGACAGUGAAGAUGAGGACGACGAGGUUGGCGAGCCGACUGGCGCCACCGAUUUUGAAGACGACUUCGAGGCGCCCUUCAACCCGCACCUGAACCUCAAAGACUUUGAUGCCCUCAUCCUGGACCUGGAGAGAGAGCUUUCCAAGCAGAUCAACGUGUGUCUCUGAGCCGGGCGGGGCUGGACCCCAAUUACUAAGGCCAGGCUCCUGGUUGCUAAGGCGGUGCCCUAACGACCUAGGGAGGACCAGACCUGUAGCUCAGGCCUAACUCCUGGUUACUGGGCAAUUGCCUAGCGACCAGCCGAUCCUUUGCUGAGAAUCAUUCCCCAUUUCCAGUACUCAGUAUUUGGACACUGGUUGCGACGGCCGGGGAUGGGGGACUUUAGGGACCAGCUAUUGUGGCCAUCUUUUCUUGAGUACCAAGGGCUUCUCUCCUGGCUGCCAAAAGGCAGUUCUGCUUGCAGGGCCGGCAUCUUUUGCUUCCCCUUAGCCAGGGAAACACCAGUUACUGUGAGCCUCACCCUGAGAUGGUGAGACACCCUCCCAGUCAGUCCUUGCUGCUGCCAACCAAAUCAGUAUUAGCUUUGAGCACUGCACUCUGCUUCUCCCUCAGUGGGCCCAAGGACUAUGAAGAAGUGCUGUUUGAGGCAGGGUGUCAGGGGAGCCCCUUUCCUGGGCUCUGGAUAGAUAGGAGCAGCCUGGGGCUUAUAGGAAAACACCUGGUUUUGCCACCCUCUUUUCCAGGGAAAACCUCAUAAUUGCCUCAAACCAGCAAAAGUAGAUAGCAAGAGUCUGUCCCUUCCCCUCCCCAGUUCUUCCUCCCCAUUCCUGAAGAAAUUAAGCACUUAUAAGACCUCCCUUUUGGAGGGGCCCCACCUGAAGUGUCAGGCUGGGGGCACUUUGGUACGGAACAUAUUUAUUGCCUCCCUGCGUGUGUGCCUGUGUGUGAGGAGUAAUGUGUAUGGACGUGUCUAGAGUGGGUAUGUGGGGCUCUUUCAGGGACCACAGAGGGGGUGGGGGGAAGAGUUUGCAGUGCCCAGGCACCCUGAAAUCCCCAGUAAUGGUGCCUUAGUGAGCCCCCGAGUUCCAGUGGGAGAGUAGGGUCCCCUCCUGUCUCCCCCCUCUUUCCCUCACUUCCAUCUUUGUGGACAAUAAAUCAAUAUGCACAGGU